AUGAUGAAAGAUCAAGAGUUAUUUCGUUUAAUUGUUCGAGUACUGGAGGAGUAUUUUAGUAACCGGAACUUUUCCACAACGACUGUAGAAGAAAAGGCAUUAGAGUUACUUCGUCCAUAUGAUGAUCUAUGCUCGCAGGAGGUGAUCUUUGUGUUGGACUGUGUCUUAGGUGUGUGCCGCUUUGAAAAGAUAUGCGAAGGCGCAUUCGAAGGCUACUGCGAUGCUUACAAGCGCAACAAGAAUGGGAGGCUAUCAAUCUAUCUCAUAACAUAUAUAUUGUUUUUCAAGUACGCUGAUCUUGGAGGUGAAAAAGUUCGCAUUCUUCUUCGUCAGCCAGCACUCGCAACGCGAAUUGUGGAGUAUAUCCGGUAUCUUUUUGAUCUAAACGCAGUUCAAAAAUAUUCUUUUCCUAGGUGGCUCGAAUAUUAUGACAUUCUUUUUCUUCAGUCAAACGUUCUUGAGCCAUUUACCUCUCGCAAAUCUAACCUGGAGGCAGACGUCCUGGGGUGGAUCGACACAUCAACUACCGUACCACAAGGUGCGAUUCACCAGCACGCCAGUGAAGGUUCUCAGGUCGAUAAUUCACGAGAUUCGCAACCGCUAGUGAAAACGCCAUUAAACAUGGAAGAGGGAAAAUCCAGUGUGUAUGCUGAUACCAAGCCUUUUAAAACCUCGACUACUUCAAAUAGCGAACCACCGCGCAACUACGGAUCGCAUCAGCCACCGAAGUUUCAAUCCGAUAAAUCAAGCACCACAAAUAUCACUCAGUUGAUGCCACUACCAACUGUAGUAGCGCUACCCGCAAAGCAAGUGUUAUUUUCUCAAAACUUAUCAAAGACUUGCAGUAAUGUCGUAGCGACUACUUUGCCGAUAGUGAAGAAGAAGCUACCCACACGUCCAAUUGGGUUUAGGUUUCUCAAACGAUCUUUACAUCCUUCUCCACAUCUCCCAGAUGCAGUAGAUAAGAAGUCUGAAUCCACCAAAUCUGCGGCAAGAAUAUCUGAAUUCUAUGCUCGUGUAAAAGCCUCUGAACCUGCCAUGAUUUCAACUACAACUACUACUUUGAGGCGCGAGGCCUAUGUUAACGAAAAGCAACAGCGCGAAGUGGAGAGAUCUGUGAUGGUGGGGGAAGAACCCUUAGACGAUUCGGUAGACUAUGAACUUUGGACGACACAGGAGUGUCGGCGAAUCGCCCAAGAACAGAAGGCGACAAUUCUGGAAAGACAUUUAAAGGCGUUAGAAUUUCAUGAAAAGGUGAAACUCAAAAAGGCAAAGACAAUAACAGAGAAGAGGGAGUGUUUUCGUUCCAUGAAGAGGAAAGCCGCUGCAGAUGCAAGUGAAAAAGAAAAGGAGGACCAGGCGGCUAUGCACCGACAUCAAGAGUUUGUUCGCACUUUCAAGACUCAACUUGCCACAAGCAAAAGCCAAGCCUUAGCGAAAUGUAAUUCCAACAAACGAAGGGCAGUUAAUAAAAUUAGAGAAGAGAACAGUCAAAUUCGAGAGGCUGCACAGGAGGCUGAGGAAAAGAGACGGCUAGAACAAUCCCAGAUGAUCCACGAUAUACGCCUUCUUCGGGAGCGUAUCAAACAACGCCAGAAGGAACUGGCAAAACAUAGGUGUGCCACUUGGGCCGGAGACAAUGGGGAAUCAACCGACAACGAAAACACCCCUAGAAGAGGGGGCUUCGCAGAUGUUCAGGCGACUCUGGCUGAGGCCCGUGCACGGAAGAAGGAGAUCGAGGAAAAUUACCGGAAAGAAAUAGCUGCAACUCACGAGCGUGAACGUGAGGAAAGGCAGAUGCUGGAGCAAAUGAUCCAAGAACAACGCCAAAGGCGCUGCAAGCGACGGGAAAGAGCGCGCAUGUUGGAUGAGUGUAGGAAGCAAGCAGUUCAAGAUGUGAUAGCGGCUUCACACGCAGAGCGUGUGAUAGAUGUGUACGAGAAAUUGCACUCCAAGCGUUUGGAACAGUUACAGAGUUGCAGGGAGCUUAAAGAGGAAGAACGAAGGCGUCUAAAUGAGAGAAUUUUGAGGAACGCCAACAGUGGUGCAGCGGAAAGUGAACGCUGGAGGCAGCUUGAACAGGGGUUACACAACCACGUUCUCUCUAUACAAAACUUCAGAAAGGGCUGCGCCGUCUCAAUAUAG